AUGGACCCCACAAAGAUAGUUAGACGCAAAUCGAUCAUAUCUGAUUCGAAAACCUCACAUGUGCAUUCUCACACCAUCAAGACACCUAUUGGUGAACAACCAAAGGUCGGUGUUCCGAAGUAUACAAGACUCUCGGUUGAUGGACCGAUUGAGUGUGAUUUGCAUGGUUUCCAACUUUUGAAUUCCCCACUUUUCAACAAGGGGUCCGCUUUCACUCUGGAGGAGAGAGAUGCUUUCGGCCUGACUGGUUUACUUCCACCUGUAGUCAACACUCUGGAUGAGCAGGUUGAGAGAGCUUACAGUCAGUUGCACUACCUCAAGACACCUCUCGCUAGAAAUGACUUCUGUACCUCCAUGAGACUGCAGAAUAAGGUGUUGUACUACGAAUUGGUCAGAAGACAUAUUAGAGAGUUGCUUCCAAUCGUGUACACUCCAACCGAAGGAGAUGCAAUCGCAGCUUACUCCAAUAGAUUCAGAAAGCCAGAGGGAUGUUUCUUGGAUAUAACCGAUCCAGACUCCAUCGAUGAGAGACUCGCUGCUUUCGGCGAAGCCAAAGACAUUGAUUACAUUGUUGUUUCUGAUGGUGAAGGUAUCCUUGGAAUUGGUGACCAGGGUGUCGGUGGUGUGCGUAUCACGAUCGCAAAGGCUGCCCUCAUGACUCUUUGUGCAGGUAUCCACCCUGGAAGAAUCAUGAGCGUUGUUUUGGACGUUGGAACCAACAACGAGAGACUUCUCAAAGACGAGUUGUACAUGGGUAACAGAUUCAAGAGAGUGAGAGGAGCCGAGUACGACGAGUUUGUCGACAAAUUCAUUCAAGCUGUCAAGAAGAGAUUCCCAAGUGCUGUUCUUCACUUUGAAGAUUUUGGUGUCACCACUGCUAGACCAAUCUUGGAGAGAUAUAGAAACGAGCUCCCAUGCUUCAACGAUGACAUUCAAGGUACCGGAGCUGUUGUUAUGGCCUCUAUGACCGCAGCCUUGAGAUUGAGCGGUCGCGAAUUGCUCGACUCAGAAAUUCUUAUUUACGGUGCUGGUUCUGCCGGUUUAGGUGUUGCCGAUCAAGUUGUCAGCCACAUGGUGAUUCAUGGAAGUUCUAUUGAGAACGCAAGAACUAGAAUCCAUUGUAUGGAUAGACAAGGUUUGAUUUUGGAUAACAUGCAAGAUUCUACUUCCCCAGCCCAAUUGAGCUACGCUGACAGCGCCGAUGAAUGGGAAGGUGUGAAUACCAGAUCUUUGGUUGAAGUUAUCAAGAAGAUCAAGCCUACUGUUCUGGUUGGAUGUUCAACUCAAGCUUCUGCAUUCAACGAAGAAGUGAUUAAGGAAAUGUACAAGCACAACGCCAAACCAAUCAUUUUCCCACUCUCCAACCCAACCAGACUUCACGAAUGUACACCAGAAGAUGCUCUCAAGUGGACUGACUACAACGCUUUGAUCGCUACAGGAUCUCCUUUCGAACCUGUGAAUGGAUACGUUAUUUCCGAAAACAAUAACUGUUUCACUUUCCCAGGUAUCGGUUUGGGAGCUGUUCUGUCCAGAGCUACCAAAAUUUCUCGCUCUAUGAUCUCCGCUGCCGUGGACGAGCUUGCUGCUGGUUCUCCAGCCAUCAAGCACUCCAAAGCCGGUCUUUUGGCCCCAUUGGAGGUCAUUGAUGAAACAUCUGCUAAGGUGGCUACCGCUGUUAUUCUCAAGGCCUUGGACCAAGGUCUCGCUCGUGUUGAAGACGAAGAAUCCCCAGAAGGUGGUAAAGUUACGGUUCCUAGAGACUUCGAAGGAUGUCUUAAAUGGGUUAAGUCACAAAUGUGGAAACCUAUUUAUAGACCAAUGAUUAAGGUCGAACACGUCGACGCCAUCCACACUCACCAGUACUAA